GACAAUGACAGUUGUGCCAACAAACGAAACGUCAAAUUAUUCAUUCUGGACUUCUUAAAAUUAAUAUGAAAUAGAUUUUAAAUUCCCAGUAUUCGCCGGCAAAUUUUCAGUACACCACACCCACUAAUCAUCCGAUAAGCAAGAUAACUGUGAAAUAAUUGUUCAUAUUUCGUCAUAAGUCGUCAUUGAGUUUUACUUAUAAUCAGCUGGUUGAGAACUAUGUUUUGCAUUGCAUUCGAGGCAGGCCUCUGUUUAGUGAUAUAUAGCUGUCGGUAGUGUUUGCACGCGUACAUUAAAUAUUUCACUGGCUGGUAACCUUGUCUGAGUGCGGCGAAGGCCACAAAGUUUGAUUAAAAAGUAAAGGGUAUUCUAGUUGGUCACGAUGCUGAAAAGUGCCUCCAAGGUGACAAUCAACACAGGCAACGUGCUGAACUUGAUAGAUAUCAAGAAAAAAGCCGGACAAAAUGUUACUGAGGAGUUAUCAGAAAGCAUAAAACUGACCCUAACAGAAUGGGGCUCACAAAACAACUCGAUUUACCAAAAUGGGUCCAGGACAGAAGAUCAAGACCCGCACCAGAUCUCAAACUAUAUGGUCGUGUCAACGUCGACGGCUGCACCGGCGCAGGCGGUGUUGAACAUCACGCGGCCGCACGAUGACGUGCAAAAUAAGAUGGCGGAGGAGGAGAGGAAAAAUCUGAAGAUCGGAGUCAAGAUAUUCAUUAAUGAGGACAGUACGGCGUCGUUGACUGAGUGCUUGGAGAAUGUAUUCACAGCCCUACACGCGGAGUGCAUAGACAACGUGACCCUAGCGUACAACCCCGAGGUGCUUUACAAAGAGGACUCAGAAGAUAACAACUUGAAGAAUACACAUGUCAGCGCCACUAAAGCAUCUCCUAUCUCCCUUGGAAGUAAUAUAGCACGCAACCCUUCAGUGGAGGGCACCGAGGCUGACAAUGAGGCGGACGCGCGCAAGUGUGAGAAGAUAUUACCUGGCAUCAAGGUGCUGUGGUCGAUUCUAGAAGAUUACGUUAAAGAAGGUCGUGUAAACCAACUCGGCGUGGCGGAUGUGGGCGGCGGCUGUCUGCGCAAGCUGCACGCCUGGGCCCGAAUAAAACCAGCCAUUGCCCAGAUCAACCUGGCCUCGUGUUGUGUGGUCCCGCCCUCGUUACACGCCUUCUGCAGGGCCAAUGAUGUUCAGCUGCUCACACACGCCGAUCCGCCAGAUCUACUCUCAUUGGCCGCAUUGAAGACCCUGUCUGACGCUGGUGUAGGUUGCCACAACCUGGAUUGGUGCGCGCGGUACCAGGUUCAUAUUAAGUGUCGAGGAGUAUUAGCCUUGAAGGGCUACGUCUGCAAGGCCACCCUCGGCGGACACCCGGUCGAGGAGGACAAUAAGGAAGACAAGGGAAGUAAAUAGUAUUUUUUAACGAUUACACUUUUGAUUUGGAUGUGACAGAAUCUGUGAAUAAAAGUGAAAAAAUGCCGUGCUUGGAAUUAUUAGACUUUAUGAUGCCUCUGUAAUAAAUUCAAUCGGUAAAUACCUAGCAUUGUGGGUGUUACAGAAUCUGUGAAAAAAAAAAGUGAAAAAUUGGCGUGGCAAAUGCAUGGCAUUUUUUAAGACUUUAAGACGCCUUUUGAAUUAAUCGAUUCAUUCAGUAAAUAUUAUUGAUUGGGGUGUGACAGAAUCUGUGAAGAAAAGUGAAAAAAUUGCCUUGAAUUGAGCCUUUGUAUUUAAAACCCCUUUUUAAUUAAUACAUAAUACUUUCAGUAAAUAGUAUUGAAAUAGGUUCUAUUAAGGUAUGACAGAAUAUGUGAAAAAAUUAAAAAAAAAUUAUACGUAUUUUUAAUUCAUAUUUCAUUCAGUAAAUAUUAUUGAUUAGAUUUCAUUAAAGUGUGACAGAAUUAUUGAAAAGGCCAAAAUAAUCAGCUAACUAUGAACUAAUUGUAAUUAUUAAUUAACAGGGGGAGGAAAUAACAAUUUAAAUUGCGAAUUAUACAUAAUGAGGUAGGGUGCUAUUUUAUUUGUGAAAAAGUUUAAAAAACAAUGCAUUGAUAAGUUUAAAGAAUUUUUGAUUUAUAAAAAUAUAUUUUUACGAAAUUUAAUUCAAAAUUUCUGAUUAUAAAAACAAUAUACUUUCAAGUUCUGACGUUAGAGACAAAUAUCUGAAAGAAAAAUAUAAAAAAAAACAUGGGAAAAUUUCAGUAAAGUAGAAAAAGUCGAGCAACCGAUGUGUGUAAGGUUGAUUGCCCACCCAUCCAAAGUAUUAUUUGGACUUUAUAUUAUUUUUAUUCUUUGUUGUUUUUAGGCUUUCUUUCAAAUAUUCGAAGACCAUUUGGGUUACCAUUUUGCACCAUAAUUUACCCAAAACAUUGUGAUAGAUACUUAAUACAUUUUGGCAACAGCUAAAAUGUUACGUACCAAGUACUUAAUGGUACUUGUUUAGUGAAGGGUACACACAUGAUUUAUUAUAAUGUCGAUACGGUUCCAUUCCAUCAUGUAGCCCCACAAUACGUAUAGUUAAAAUAUGUAGUUUGUAUGGAAUAAAUCUGUAUUUCUGUAUUAUACUAUAAUCUAAUUACGUAUUUAAAUAUAAUGUAAACAUUUUUGAUAAGUAUUUAAACUAGCUUCUGCCUGCGAUUUCGCCCACGUGAUUUUCUCUGCGAUAGCGCAACUGACGUGAUUUUCAUAUAAACUUUGAUCCUCCCAUUGUGGCAACUUGAGGGUUGAUUUUUGAAAAAAGAUAGUCUACGUUUGAACAAAUUUCAUCAAAAUUGGUCCAACUGUUUAGUCGUGAAAGCGCAACAGACAGACAGACAGACUUUCGCAUUUCUAAUAUUAAUGUGGAUUACUUAUUUACGUUAUCCAAAAUGAAAACAGCGCAAAGCGCUCGUAUGGGGAAUUUCAUGUUUAGAUGUCCUCUUAAGCAUACUUUCACGUCGAAUUUUGAAUUAGAAACAUUUUUCAAAACUACUAACAUUUCGGAAUGAGAAAAUCAAAAGGAUACGAUUGUUUACGUUAAUUGAAGUGCUUAAAAUGGGUAUGAAAUGUAUAUCAAUAACGAACCUAUUUAAUAGCCUCAGCUAUGAUGUAAAAUGAAAAAAUAUGUAAUAUAAUUUCUUCUUAGUAAUAAUGGCUUUUAUAAUAUUUGUAAGCUGUUCACAGGGAAAAAGUGAAAUUAGAAAAUGUUUAACCGUUAAUUAUGUUAAAUUUAGCCGAUCAUAAAAAAUAUGUGCAAAGUUGUUAAGUACUUAAUUUAAUAUAGUAAUUUUACUUAAAUAUAUGGUAUAUGGACACAGGGUGUGUUUGUCUGCAGGCCUACCACCAAUACAACUCGGUUCAAUUUUAUGAACCUAAAAUUGAAUCGCAUUCAUACUAAAAAUUAAGUAGAUGGUAUGAGUUUGCGAUGCAGAUCAGUUUAGGUCGUCAUAAUUUUAAAAAAAUACACUUUUGUUUGGUAUAUAAAUAAAGAUAUACAAUCUUGACUGACGUAUAUUGUUAAAAUUUAUGUUUUACAUAUAUUUUUUAAAUUGCUUUAAUAGGUUUGUAAUGAGAUUUUUCACAAAUAAUAAAAACGUAGUGUCACUAUUUCGAUGAAAAACAGAUUAAGAUUAAUUACCUUUAUUUAAACUAAUAAUGGAGUAUAUAUUUGUUUGUCAAUCUGUGUGAUUUGUCUGUAUAUAUUUAUUUAUUUAUGCCGCAACCAUUCAAUUGAAAGGCUGAUUGGAAUUGGUAGGCUGAAUUUCCAAAAAAAUGUGAACUAAAUUUAAAUCACUUGCCUGAUUUUACGUCAGCCGUUUUCAAAGGGCUAGCUUACAAUAAGCCAACUAGUUAAACUUUGAUUGAUGCUCGUUCAAUGAAUGAUAGGCCUAGACGUUCAAUUGAAUGCCGGUGUUUAAUGAACGGGCAAGCCUUCCAAUUAAGUAGAUGGAUGCGACAUAUACAUGCAUAGCAAAACAAUAAAUAAAAGAUUUUUCUUCAAGUUGAUUGCUUUUUAAAACCUUACUUAUAUGUUAGGAAGUAAUCUCAAUCUAAACUAUUUAACAUAUGGGUGUGUAUUUAUUUAUAAAUUAGUAUUAUUUAUGCCGCUAUUAAAAUGUAUUUUUAUAUUUAUUCAGGUACAGGCAUUUAGUAUCAUUAUGAUUAGUGUGGAAAAGUAGGAAUGGCUUUGACGCGCUAUGGCGGGGAAGAAAACGCUAUGAUGAAAGUGUGAAUUUAUGCAUAUUUAAAACAUUCCUGAUAUUUGAAGAACGAAUGAUUUUUAAAUGGAAUGAUACAGUUUUAGUACCUAUUUCCAAAAGGCAAAAAGCUGUCUUUUUUCCAAAAAUCAAAAUCUCACACAAUCGAAGUUUAUUGCCUCGCAUCUUUUUGAAGGUUUAAUUCAGUUUCCGUUCACUCAAAAUCUAUUUUACAUUUAGUAGAUUUUACAACAAUAAUGCCACAAAAAGGUUAUGUGGAUUUCGAAUUUUAACGAUAUUUUUAGUUCUAAGUUAAUUAAAUUUAUCACAAAUACCAAGUUGACAUUGUUACCAUCUUGCGUUUAUAUCAUUUUGAUAUUUAUAUAAAAGUUAUACCACUAUAAUAUCAUUAACAUGAUAAGUCUUUAUAGUUGAUAUUUUUUGCAAAAUAUACCAUACUAUACGAAAAUUAUGUUAAAAAUAGUAAAAAGAAUUUAUGUAAAAAAUACAUAUUGUAAACAUGCAUUAAUGUUAUUAUUACAAUGUAAGGUAAACCAAUUUGUUUUCAAAUUAAAGUAUUUAUUGAAC